CACCCCCCCCCCCCACUCUCCGCCUCGUUGUCCGAUUUGCUCGCUGUAGACGGGUUACAAGCUCCCGUUCAAAGGCGCAGGAAAAGGAUUGGGUGGUGAUGCGCAUUGGGUCGAGGCGAAUUCUGGGAAAAAGCGUCGGAUUUAGGUUUCAAAGGGUCGAUUUCUGGAGCUCCACCCGGUGGUUUGAGCGCGCCGGUGGAGUCGAAGGGGGGAUCGGCACCAACUCCGUGGAGGCUCAGGGCGGGACUGAGCAUUGCGGUGACAAGGGAGAGUUCGAUCAAGUUGUGGGUUUUGCUUCUGUGCUGGAAAUUGAGGGUUUGUCGCGGAAUUAGCGUUUCCGCUGCAAGUUUGGGUCGCGCAUGAUUCUGUAGGGGUUGUGAUCGUGUCGUGGUGGGUUUUACGGUGCGUUGGUGGGGUAUAUUAUGCCGUGGAUUCUCCUGCUUCCUUUCUGUAGUAUUCCGAGGGUCGUUGAUUUCAAUCUUUGAGAAUCUUUUUCUCCAGUGUGUGGAGUUUGGUUUGUGUUGGCUCGAGUCUACGUAGAUCUGCGCCGCUUUCUGAUCCUAUACCGCUCUUGUUUUAAAAUUUUGGGCUGCUGUGAAGUGCUGGUUAGUUUUCGCACCCAAGGCAGGAGGCAUACAUUUUAAUCUUGUUGUGCACACAAUAGCUUUGUUUGGACUCUGGGCUUAUGCGCGAGCGUGUACAGCAACCUUCUUCCCGAGCUACUAGUUUCGCUAACCACGAGCUCGAAACAUCGCAGUAUUGUCCUCUCUCUGCUCUACAUCGGACCUUCUCAUUUCGAAGGUUUCCGAGUGAUUCACGUGUGCGCUUUGAAUUUCGCUGGUUUCGUCCCUCGUGUCAAGUGUUACCCUCUCUUAGAAGGGUAGUAUCCCAAGGUCGUCAAGCUGGCAGCCCUGGAGGAGCACGAGAUGAGCAGGCGGUGCUCGCACUGCAACUUGAAUGGCCACAAUAGCCGGACGUGCUCCGACCGGGGGGUGCGUCUAUUUGGAGUGCGGCUGACAGACAGCGUCAGCAGCAUGAACAUGCGGAAAAGUGUGAGUAUGAAUAAUCUGAGUCACUACACGAGCGCGCACAACCCUCCUUCGCCUCCUGAGCACUCAGAGUCCGGAGCGGCUCCUGAUGGAUAUGUAUCAGAUGGUCUCGUGCAAACGUCAAACAAUGCCCGAGAGCGCAAAAAAGGAGUGCCGUGGACAGAAGACGAGCAUCGCUUGUUCUUGCUGGGAUUGCAAAAGCUCGGAAAAGGUGACUGGAGAGGUAUCUCGAGGAAUUUCGUGACAACCAGGACGCCCACACAGGUUGCUAGUCACGCCCAGAAGUACUUCAUCCGACAAAGCAACAUGAACAAGCGGAAGAGGCGAUCGAGCCUCUUCGACAUCGUAUCGACGUCGGGCGUUCCUUCGAUUGCGGAAGAGUCGACAUGCAUGGGAGACGAGGAGCAGACGAACCCACUGCACCAGUUGAGCUUGGGGCAGAACCGCAUGUACCCGUCGGGGGUGUUGUACGAGCCAAGUUCGGUGGCGGGAUACGGAGUAUCGGUGGGAGGAUUCGCGGUGCCGAAGCACAUGAGUCCUCCGAUGGCGUUACCGUUGAUGUCGGUGGGAAACGCGAUGGGAAUGGGCGCGGAUGGGGUGACGGAGGUGGUGGGGAUGGGGUACAAGGUGGAGCAUUUGGCGAGGAGUGGAAUGGAGGGGGCGGGGAUGAGCUACGGCAUGGAGAGGAGUGGAAUGGAGAGAGGGGGUGCGGGCGUGGCGGUAGCAGCAGGGGCGGGUCUGUCGCUGGGAGGGUCAGCGGGAGCAGGAAGGAUCCCGUACUCGUUCACGUCGUCGGGUGGAGGAGGGGUGGGUUCGGUGUCGACGGCGCAGGCGCCGGGUCAGGGGCAGGCACAGCAGGGAUCGAGCAGCAGAGGAGGGGGGUCAUACGGAGCGAACCCGGCGAUCGUGAGACCGACGGCGAAGGUGGGCGGUGCGAGCAGCGCAGCGACGAAGAUGGAGGAGGAUGGUCGGGACAUAGCGCAGCUGAGGCUGGGGCUGUCACCGCCGGAGCCAUCUCAGUUGACGGCAAAGCUGUUGGAGGCGCCGUCGAGGCAUUCAUCAGCGUUCCACGUGAACACGUCGUUCGAUGGGAGCAGCAUACAACAAGGAGUGAACGCGAUCAGCGUGGUGUGAAGCGGCAGAGAUGGUAAAGGGGUAGGUGCGGUGUAGGAGGAGGAGGGGAAAGCGGGAGAGGUGAAGGCGGGGGUUGGGGGCAGGAAGAAGAAGUAGGAGUGGGAUUCGAGGAGGGUGUAGACUAAUUCUUUUGUUGUAAAUAGCUACAUUGGAUUGUGCGCCAAAGGCUAGAAAGAGCAGAGCGGAGCAGAGAUGGUGUAAAUUAGAGAGGAAAGGAGGGAGAGGGACGCGGGCGAUGAACGUGGAGAUGGUUGGAGAUGAGAUGAGAAGAGAAGAGAAGAGAAGAGAGGAGAGAAGAGGGUGGGGUGGAGACGGGGAUUACCCGUGAACCCGAAGGGCGGUGAAGUAUGUGUCCGGUGGUGUAGAGUAUGCAAGUUUAUGGACGUUUUCCAAGUUGCUUUGGAGAAAUAUGCUGUUUUUUUUCUUAAGCUCUUUUUGCACACUGCCUUGUCGUGUGUUAUCUGUAUUCGGAUGUCCUCAAAUUCUGUUUCAACAAGUUUCAGAGUCAAAAAGUUAACAUG